UAGGAAAGCACUCUCAGACACUGGAAGGUGAAGAUCAAACUGAAUGUUUCUAAUCUAGAGGAUAUCAAUAAAAAUAAUAAUAAAAAAAACGAAUCGUAUUGCUCACCUCCUCUCAUGCAGUUUUGAAAUCUGUCAGCGCUCACUGAGUUUAUUUACGUUCCAAGGGGUAUUCACAAGAUGCCUGUCACAUUUUUGGACUGAAGCAGUCUCAAGAUCCUAUUCGUAAUCUGUAACAGGUUUUAGACUCAGUACAAACUAAACUGAUGCUGAAUCAUAAAUGUUUUGGCCAUGGAGGAAAAAACUGCCUUUGGAUUACAUCGACUUUGCGUUGUCUUGAUUUUAUUUCUGUCUGCUUUUCCCUAUUCCAAAGGCAGCUGGACGUGGCUGGGCAUUACAGCCUUGGGAAUCCCUGAAAAGAUGGGAUGUGCAAAUCUACCUCUGACAAAUAAACAGAAAGAUAUUUGCAAAAGAAAACCGUACCUUUUGCCCAGCAUCAAAGAGGGAGCUCGGCUGGGGAUACACGAGUGCCAGAGUCAGUUCAAAAACGAGCGGUGGAACUGCUCCACGACAUCAGAACGAUCGGUAUUUGGAUACGAGCUUACCAGCGGAACAAAGGAGUCUGCAUUUAUUUACGCAGUGACUGCAGCAGGCCUGGUGCAUGCGGUGACCCGCUCAUGCAGUGCAGGAAAUAUGACCGAGUGCUCAUGUGAUACCAGCCUGCAAGGAGGGGGCUCACCCAGUGAGGGCUGGCACUGGGGGGGCUGCUCCGAUCACAUCCAGUAUGGAAUGGGGUUUAGUAGGAAGUUUAUUGACAAUGCGGUGAAGAACAUCUCUGUCAAAGGGGGAGAUGCCCUUUUAACCAUGAAUCAACACAACAGCGAGGCUGGCAGGCAGGCCAUUGGGAAGAUGAUGUCUACUGACUGUCGCUGCCAUGGAGUGUCUGGGUCUUGUGCAGUGAAGACCUGUUGGAAAACCAUGUCCUCUUUUGAGAGGGUUGGUCGUUUCCUGAAGGACAGAUAUGAAAACAGCAUUCAGGUCCUUGACAGGUCAAAAAAGAAGGUGCGGAGGAAAGAGAAGGACCACCGCAGAAUACCCGUCAGCAAGGAAGAGCUGAUCUAUGUGAACAAAUCCCCGAACUACUGUCUUGAAGACAAGAAACUAGGGAUUGCUGGGACUCGUGGCAGAGAGUGUAACCGCACCUCCACUGGGCCAGGUGGGUGUAAUCUGCUGUGCUGUGGCCAGGGCUAUAAUACUCACGUGGUCAGACACGUGGAGAGGUGCGAGUGCAAAUUUGUGUGGUGUUGCUAUGUGCGCUGCAGACGGUGCGAAAGUAUAACUGACGUGCACACCUGCAAAUAGCAGCCUGACACCCAGGCACAGUUAUUAUCUAUUAGAAAAGAACCAAACAUAAGGACCGAACAGAAUAAAAAGGGUAAAAAGAAGGUCAUGAGGCUUUCUGACGUAAACUCAGGAAAAUUAGCAACCGUUUGCAAAAGAUGCACAGAGGCAUAAAGCAAGGAAACACUCCUGAAUAAAACAGCACUAUGGUCUGGAGAGUUAACACACCACCACAACCACAAGAGGUAUCCAACGCAAAGAACGUUUACAUAAAACAACUCGCAAGGAAUCAAGACUGGCACUUUGUUGAAAACAAAAUGGCUGACUACAUAUGCCUCCUGCAAACACCACCCCAGCCUUCAAAAGAGAACAAGCACAAAAGAAUUAACCAAUAUAAAAAAGUCAUUUCAACAUGCAUUACACACAGGGGGAUGCAAAGGGAAUGUGGACCCACAGCAGAGCAAAGCGAUUAAAAAAAAAAAAAGGUUUUGUGAAACAAAACCAGCCAUUGGGCAAAAGCAAGAAUAUUCAAACAGAAAGACGACAAGUGUAGUUUCUUUAAAAGUCUAAAAAUCCAUACUAGAGUACUUCACUAUAUUAUACAAAAUGCCUUAUUAUUAUAUUUAAAAAGUGUUGUUUUAAUUGUAACUCAAGAGUAUAUAUUUUAAAAAAUCUAUAAAAAGAAUGUAUUGCCAUAAGAAAUGUCCUUAGACUUUCAGUAUUAAAAGAAAAUGAAUGCCAGUUUAUACAAGACUUCCAGAAAAUUACAUUUCAAACUACAUGAUAAUAGAAUUAAAUAGCCAAAACAGAGACGAUUUAAGAUAGGGAUUAAAAAAAAAAAUUAAAAAAAAAUGAGUGUCAUGCCCUGAUAAAACAUGUAUAUGGAACAGGGAAAAUGUAAUUUUUAUCCAUAAAUGGUUACAUAAUUACACAUAAUGAGACAGGUUUUGUUUAAAUAAUAAUAAACAUUUUAACUUCUGACUGGAGCUAUUCAGAAAGAAGGUUCAUCAGGGUUUGACUAUUGCUUCAAAAAACAUAACUAACAAAGAAUGGUUCUGUAUGUAAAAAUGGAAGCAGUAUUUUAUAAGUAAACACAUUGUUUAUAUUUUGUAAAUAUUUAAAUUAUGCAACAUUUGUAAAAAGGCUUGCAGAUGUUAUGUGCAUUGUGUACAAUUUAAAUCCUGGGGAGUAUCCAGUUUCUGUAUUUCUAUAUCUUUAUUAUAUAGCUCUCCAUUCUUUUUUAAAUACGGAAUGACAGUGGAACUGUCUUACUUUACUUAUUUUAUGUAUGUGAUGAUUGUUUCUUUUAUUUGAUUUGUUUAAAAUUAUGUGAUAUUUUUUUCGUGAUUGUAUAAACCACCUUUUUUUUGGAAGUGAAAAAAAACCUUCAAGCAGUCUAUGCCAUAUAACGUUCCCCAAGAUCUUUCUUUUGGGGACAAAAAAAAAAGUCUAUUAGUAUAACUAACCUUUAAAAGUAUGUUUGUUUAAAAAAAAAAAAGAAUGAAAACAGAAGCACUUCCUCAGUCACAUUGCAGAAACCUCUCUGCGAGUGUGGAGCAGUGAUGUGUGAAAUGUGACAAACCUGUGAAAAAUACCACAAGUCCAGUCUUUAAGAGGGUUUAAGGUUAACUUUGACCCGAAGUUUCAAAGACACUGGGGCUUAAAGGCAGGAAAUGAUUUAUUAGGUUUAAGAGCAGACCGACAAACAAAAAAAAAAAAAAAUCAUUAAACAGAAUGAUAAAAGUUUGGUUACAAAAAUUUGAACAAAGACUUCUUUAUAAGAAAGACCUGGAAAAAGGUUAGAAAACAUUUUUUUUAUAAUGCCCAAGAGUUCUAAGUCACGCAAUACUAUAACACAAAUUAAACUGCAGGCUGUUUUUCUUAGUCUGCAGUCAAUUGAAAAAAAGGGACAUAGAAAGAACUUUAUUUUCUUUGCUACAAAUCUUUAUUAGAUAAUAGCUGCUAAUGGAGUGCAACAUAUUUAGUAGACUUGUUUGUUUUCUCAGUUACUUUUAAUAGUAAAUUCCAAAUAUAGUGGCAAUUAUAUAUUACUAUGCAAAGCAUUAUUGUUUUUUUCCCCCAUUCAAUCAAGCGAAAAGCAGUAAUGCUUUAAUUUUAUAGUUAUAUAGUUUGUAAGUAAUUAAAAUGUGUUAUACAUAAUAAAUCACAUUGGAAUCAAUUAGAUUUUACUAAUGAAACAUCUAAAAAUAUUACAACCUCAUGUACUGAUUGAAAAAGUAUAAUUUAUAAAAAGCAAAAAGGCUGGGGAAUGUGCACACCAAGAACUUACACAGCAACAAGGUUUUUUUUUUCUUUUUGCAGAAUAUGUCAAUGCACCUGGUUCUUUUAUAUGGGACCAAUUACUAUUAUUUAAAGGUCAAUUUAAAAAAAAAAAAAAAAAAGAUCAAA